AUGGCGGAAUUGGCGCGUAGUGUUGUCCACUUCCUUCCUUACUUUCUUCUCAUUUCUUCGAUUUUUCAUCAAACCUGUGCAGAUAUAAACACUUUCCAAGAAGCAACAGACUUUGUUGAAGAGAAGGUGUCAGGGAUUUGUAGAGAAUUUAGCGCUAGACUGCGGAGAUUUGAAGUUAAUAACGGAACUACGCUCGGCCAGUGCCCGUUUUCGCCCAGAGAGCCGGUUCAUGAUGCCUUCGCAUCAGGAGAUAUUUUACCCGGAUUGGGAGAUAAUCCGGACUACGGGAGACAGAUCACGGAACGGGCCUCUUCGAUUUUCUACUCGGAGCAGAUCGCGGCGGAAACCCGGCCCUGGGAGCAGGAAACGGCGCUGGGUUUGUCUAGUGUCGCGGACCAGACACUGCAGGCUUCCCUGUGUAUAAGUGGCACCCUGCUGCACAGCUGGGAGGAUGUGUACACAGGUGGACAGGGCGGGGUCAGGUGGACCAGGUACCUGGACGCUAGAACCGGUCUCAGCCGGAUAUUUCCUGGAAUCACCAUGCCUCCUGACCAAUCCAGGAACUUGAGCAUAGAUGCCAGACUAAGCCAGGCAUUUGUGCAGACGGUUUCUCCUCAGAAGGAUGUAGUGAUUGUUGUUGACAUCACCAUAGUAACACACCAGUCCGUGAUGAGACAGGCGAUGUCAGUUCUCCUCCAGACUCUGAGCCCCUGGGACAAGAUAGCAGUCAUCAUAAAUGGAGAUUUACAGUUCUCACAGCUACAGCAGGUGACUCUACCCUUCCCUGUGUCUGACCUGUUGGACAAAAUAUUGCCUGAUGACUUGAGUCCAGAAGAUACCAAGUCAGCUCUACAGGCAGGGGUGGCAGCCCUACAGGACAGCAGUGCUUGUAUAAAGGCUGUCCUGUAUCUAACAGACCAUGCUGUCCAUAUGGAAACAGUGCAAAGUGUCCUAGAGGGACUUUCAGAAGACAUCCAGAUUUUCACCUACACCUUCAACCCCAGCAUCAAUCCCAGAAUCCUCCAACACCUGGCCUGUGCAACCAAGGGUUCAUGGGAACCCAUCACUGAUGAUGUCACCAUGGUAACCAGACUGACCAGAUAUUAUGGGAUGCACUAUCCUCUAAAUGGCAGUGCAGCAAGAUGGACAACUAUUGUUCCAGACAGGUUGUCAGCAGGUAACCUGUCAUCCCGUUGCUGUGCUGUGCCCCGCCCGGCGACAUAUGACCCCCUGCAGAGCCUGUUCGGUGUCCUCUGUGUCGACUUGUCUGUGAACAAACUACAGCAGGCUGGUGCUACUGAUGUCCAUGUUUUAGAGAAUAAGGCAUCAGUGGUACCAGCAUGUCCAGUUCAGAGGUACACGAGGGAAGAAGUGGACAAGCUCCGACCAGAGGAGUCCAAGUGCAGCCGACUAGAGGUGACCACAGCAGGACAGCUGAGGGGGUUUAUAGAACAGGCUGUCAGGACUACUGCAGGGGCACUGGAGACUGCCGCUCAGGUUGUGAAGCUGCUGCCUACAUGUCCCUACAUCAACUCACAGUAUGACUCCUGUACCAACACCACACCAGACAUGGUACCUGACCAGCGGUACCACCGGCCAAUUUCCAAUGGUACCAGUAACAUCCAUCUGACUGACCAGGCUAGGGUAAUCUACACAAAUACUUCAGACUCUGAUCCAUACAAGGCUCUCCUAGACUCCUUGUGUGUGUCCAGCAGUGCUGAGAUAGACUGGCUCUCAGUCUUCCAGCAGAACAGUGGGGCCAGGUGGCAGUUCUUCAUUGACGCCCCAACAGGCUACACCAGGCUAUACCCAAGUGUCAACGACCUUCCUGAGUCCUGUCAAGAGGGCGGUGGUGUUGACCCUAGGAGUCAGUCGUGGUAUGCAGGUAUGACCUCCCCUGCCAAGGAUGUGGCCAUUAUUGUAGACCCAGCGCUGGACGACAGUCUGGACAUCAUGAAGGCUGCAGCCAAACUGGCCGUCAACACUGUCUCCAAGUACGACACUGGACAGCUCAUGGUCGCUAGACAACAACUGCACAGCGAUGGUUUUCAGCAAGGAACAGAGACAAACAGACAGACAUGGCUUGAAACUGUGGACAGAAUUACAUCAGCAACACACAGCACCACUCAGGAUCUCAUCUCAACCAUCAAAACAGCUAUGGGUCACUUCAAGGACAAACAUCAAGAGGAGGACACCAAAUGUUUCCCUGUGCUGUUGUUGCUGACCAAUCGCCAUCUGGACUUGGCUGUCCUGUAUGAAACAGCACAGGAGAACACAUCACAUCUAGGGGUCAGGGUCUUCACCUUCACAUUUGGACAGCUGGCUGACGACCCUGUUGCUAAGCAACUAGCAUGUGACAGCAAAGGAUCAUGGGCCGUGGUGAAGACCAUGGAGGACCUGCAUCUGGUCAGGGAAUAUUAUGGGAUGUUGAGCCCAGGAGAGCAUGUUGGGAAUGUUCUUUGGAGUGAAGCACGCAACUUUAUUCUGGGUAUGGACAGUACAUGGGAGGUGACUCUACAGCAGAGUCAGUACAUUGCCUGGCAGUUCUACGGAGACCAGGCCUCCAGGUUCCUCCGCAUCUACCCUGCCCUGAAGGAGACCCAGGAACAGUGUUCCAACAAGAUGACUGACCUGCCUAUCAGAACUUGGUUUUCUAGUGCGGCCAGCAGUCCCAAAGACGUCAUCAUCAUCUUAGAUCCUCACUACGCGGAGAACCUCUCCCUCCUGAAGACAACAGCCACCGCCCUCAUCGCUACUCUCACUCGCUUUGACUUCGCCAACAUCCUCACUACAUCAGGACAACAGUUUGUAUCUGGGAUGCUUAGAGCUUACGCAGACGUCCGUACAGCAAUGGUUGAAUUCUUGAACCAAGCAGAUGUCGUGGGUGAGACAGAUCUCAGGCGCAGUUUUGUCAGCGUACAGGGUAUCGUUGAUCAUGCGCUGCAGUCCAGCAACACGACGCAUUGCGUUACGGCAGUGAUUUUGAUAACGGACUUUGUCGUAGCGCCGAGUGUUUUAGAGCAUCUGAGGGGUAAGGCGUUCCGCGUAUUCUCGUACACAAUCGGACCGUGGUCGGACCGAACCAAUGCAAAGAGGGUGUCCUGUGAGAACAUGGGUACGUGGACGCAUAUAGCGUCACUAGAGGACGUUUGGACCAAGAUGGCGGAUUACUACAACUACUUCAGCAUGAAUGAAAAGACCAACAAUGUGAUAUGGACUGAGCCAUAUCAAGACAGAGGCUGGAGUUUUCAGUUUCAAACUGACCAUCCUUACAUCAUCAAAGGUUCUGCCUUGUAUGAUGUUGUCAACAUCAUCGAUCGUCAAGUUCAGUAUGAAGAUAUAGUGCAGUAUAUGGAGGAGGCAAAAGAUAAACUUGCCUGGCUGCAGAAUGCUACAGGUAUCCAUGGUGAGGAAGACAGUACUGUCACCACCAUACAUCCUUCAAACAGAAAGAUACAGCCAGAGACCAAAAAGGGAAACACUGGAAAAGAGCCUUUGACGGAAAAUGCAAAGAGGAGACAUGAUGAAAUGGAGACCAGAUGUGACAGAAAAGCUAAGGUCACACCAGCAAACUUUUCAUGUAAAUUUCCCCGUUACUUCAAGAGUGGCAUGAAUCCAGAAGCCCCAGAUGGUCAUGAUUGUGCAGAUAUCCUGCAGAAGUCAGGAGGGAAGGCGAAAAGCGGGAUAUACGUCAUCAAGCCACUGCCGCACGGUUCUGUAAAAUCGCACCGCAUCAUGGUGUUGUGCCACAUGGAGGGUGGCCGCGGUUGGACCGUCAUCCAGCGUCGUCGAAACAACAGGGAAUCCUUCUAUCGCAAGUGGAGCACGUACGAGCAAGGCUUCGGACAUCCGUGCGGCAACGUCUGGCUGGGAAACCGUCACAUCUACCAACUCACCCACCAGAAACAGUACGUCCUACAGAUAUACAUGAUGGGAGCAGACGGGAAAGAGAACUUUGCUGACUACGACUCGUUUCUCAUCGAAGGAGAGGAGGAAAACUACAAACUUCGCCUGGGAUCGUAUGGCCUGGGUGAGAUAGUGUCAGGAUGUCUGCCUGUGUACGACAUACAGAGUGAGUUCCUGACCCUACUGGGGGUCACAUGUCUGGACCUGACCAAACAGAGGAUUCUCAGCUUUCCUAACGAUGGCCAAGAGGUGUUUGCUGCUAUGCAGUCCCUGUCCCAGAGAAGAUGCCCAGCCAGCCAGCUGACAGAGACACAGAUAGAGAAGAUCAGGAAGUCAGGGGCAAAGUGCAAAGGUCACCAGGUCACGGGAGUGUUCCAGGGGACGGAGGACUCACUGCGGAGGGGCGUGGUCACGGCACAACAGACUUUUACACUGGACGGACAGGCUUGUCAUGGGACAGCUGACCUGGCUGCCACAGACAGCUGUGACAUCACUGCUGGACAGAGGACCAACUCCACCCUGAUUCUGGCCGCAGGUGACCACACCAGGACCAGUAACAUGUCACCUGGGUCAUCACCACUCUACAAGUCACUGUGUGUCUCAGCUACACUUAUACUGAACUGGAUAAUGACCAUUGAGAGUGGUGAGGCCUCCCGUUCCCUUCCCAUCCUGCACCAGUACUUUGUGUCCAGUCCGUCAGAGUUGACCAGUCACAUCAGGGUGUACCCAGGGGUGGUCAUGUCUGGACAACAGUGUACGGACACAGGGAGACAACAGAUACUGGACACUGUGUUGGCUGAAACUCAGAACAACGUUGGUGCCUUCCUGUACCCCAAGACACUGGUGAUCAUUCUCCACAACACUAGAGCAGGCACCAAAUCACAGAUGGUCCAAACAGCCAUAGACCUCACCAACACACUCUCACAGUGGGACCAUAUCAACAUAGUCACUGGUCAGGGGACUGUAUUUAGCCAAACUUCUCAUCCUACUGAAGAUACCAAGGAUAGGAUAAGAAGUUAUCUCCAAGAUGUGUCUCCACAAGAUUCUGAUGUUGUCAAUCUUCUACAUGAGGCGGCUUCUUUCUUUGAAGCCUCUGCAAAUGUGUGCAAUGGCGUGUUGUUUCUUCUCAGUGACAGUGCCUUGUCUACGCACCAUGUUUCUGCCGUCAGUGUGAAUGCAACUGUGUUUGUGAAAACCUUUGGCGGUCUGGCCAAUCAGGAGUCCUCUAGGACUGUUGCCAUGGAGAUUGCCUGCCAGCAUGGAGGAUCAUGGGAAAGUGCUGAUGUGCCAGCUGAAAACUACCUGCAGUUUUUUCCAAGGAGUUUUGAGAACAUCAGAGACCCAGUCUGGUUCAACAGAUCACAUGACUUCCUGUCCUCACCAGACAGUGAACCAGUCAUGACCGGCUGCCUACCAGCCACCCAUGGUAGUCAGACUGUCGGCUUUCUGUGUGCAGAGAGUAAUGCACAUCAGCUACAGGCUAGAAUAAAGGUGAAUACUCAGUGCAGGAGAACACAGCUGAGUCAGGACCAGAGGGAGACUCUGAGGAGACCAGAGGCCAAGUGUAGUCAACUGUCAGGGAAGGGCACAGAGGCAGAGGGAACAACACUGGGGGUCACUCCUGAACCUGGGAUGCCUCCUACAGGCAUGGGCCCAGGCAAGAUCAUUGGAAUAGUGAUCGGCUGUCUCCUCAUCAUUGCCCUGGUGGCAGGCCCUCUCCUCUGGUACUACAAGAAAAGGCAUAAUGACAGAGUCGACGGCUUCCUCAGACUAGAUUUCCUGACAGAUGAGAUAGAGUUGGACGGAGAUGCAGACGAGGUGGACAGCAGCACCACAGCUCCUCUUCUCACCAACCAGGUGGAGUAGCUCAGCCCCUGCUGCUGUCUUACUCCAUUCUGUCAGCACGUCGGCAGAACGUACUGCGCCUGCGCGAAGACCAGACUUUUCACAGUUUUUGU